UAGAAAACCUCCACACCUCCUUAGACUCCUAUAUAAGCUGACUGUUGACAAGAAUCUUGAAGAAUCAACUUCUACAUCUUGGUUAUUUCUGAAGACGGUGUGGAAGAGCCACGGGCAACAACAAAACAGACUAUCUUCAACACAAAGAUGUUUUGGGGAAUUCUUUUCAUCAGUCUCUCACUGAAUUUAUGGUUCUGUGAGUCUUUUAAAAUUUCUGCAGUAAAGGGCAUUUUAGUUCAAGAUAAAGAAAUAUCUGAUGAAUCUGAACAUCUUCCGGAGAGAUUAAAAUAUAAGGCUCGAAGCUGCAAAGAAAUUAAGGAGAAGUACAACAUUUAUAAAGAUGGCCUAUACUAUCUGACCACAGAAAAUGGGAUGAUUUACCAGACGUUCUGUGAUAUGACCACUGCGGGGGGAGGCUGGACGUUGGUGUCCAGUGUGCACGAAAACAACAUGUAUGGAAAAUGCACUGUUGGUGAUCGCUGGUCAAGUGAGCAGGGCAGUAACCCCAACCGUCCUGAUGGGGAAGGAGCAUGGUCAAACACAGUCACGUUUGGAACAGCACUGGCUGCUACCAGCGAUGACUACAAGAAUCCUGGAUACUUUGACAUUGCAGCACAAGAUGUGUCUGUGUGGCACGUUCCUAAUAACAUUGAGAUGGAGCAGUGGAAAUCUGCCUCAAUCCUGCGAUAUCACACUACAUCUCACUUCUUAAGUUACAACGGUGGAAACCUUUUUAGAUUAUUUAAGAAAUACCCAGUGAGGUUUGGAAUAGGGGAGUGUCUCAAGGAUAAUGGACCUUCUAUUCCAGUAGUGUAUGACAGUGGUGAUGCAGAAUACACCAAAACCCUUUAUGGUCCCCAUACAAGAGGUGAAUUUGAGUCUGGGUUCAUCACAUUCAGAGCCUUCAAUCAUGAGAAAGCUGCCAUGGCUGUUUGUUCUGGUGUUAAACCAACUGGAUGUAACACUGAACAUUACUGUAUUGGUGGAGGUGGACACUUUCCAGAGGCCGCCCCUAGACAGUGUGGAGAUUUCGCAGGUUUUGACUGGGAUGGUUUUGGUACCGGUGUAGGCUGGAGUGCAUCAAAAAAUCUAGCCGAAGCAGCAGCACUUAUGUUUUAUCGCUGACAAUCUAAUUUCAGAAAAUCAAACCAGACAUAAUUCCAGAAUCAUCAGCAUGUAUGCCUAUUCUGUUCUUUAUGUCUUCAUAAGAAUCAAUUAAAUGUCAUGAACCCA